AUGGCACGCAAGAAGACGACGCUGAAGCCGCUCAAGGCCUCGACCCCUAGCACUACUAGUAACAAUAAUGGACGCAAGAAGAAGACGGCUAUGAAUGUGGUAACAAAGAAGCAGCAGCAAGCGCAGCCGAGGAGCUUGAAAAAGCCAGCGAAGGUGGUCAAGCAACUCGUGAAGAAGGCAGAAAGCGAAGAAGAAGAAGAAGGAGAAGAGGAAAGUGGGGACGAUGAUGAAGUGGAAGAAGAAGGUGAUGGCGAUGCGAGCGAGACGGAGGACAGUGACGACGUGGAUGACGAGGAAGAAGACGACGAGUUUGAGGAUCAGGGAUCGUCAUCCGACGACGACGACGACAGUGGCGAUGACGAUCCAGAGGAUGCUGAUUUGACGGAGUUGGAGCAGAAGACGCGUCGUUUUACUGUGGACCGUGAGAAGGAAGUGCAGAAGAUGCGUGAAGACGGGUCUCUAUCGGUGGCGUCGCAGCUGCACGUGGACGACUUGUCUUCUGAUGACGAGGAAAACGUCAACACGAUUGGCAAUGUGCCGCUGCGAUGGUAUGAAGAAUAUGACCACAUUGGGUACACUGUCGAGGGUAAAAGGAUCAUGAAAUCGAGUAAUGGGGACGGUAUUGACAAUGCCAUUGCUGCUAAGGAUGACCCAAACUAUGACCGCACGGUGUACGAUGCUUAUAAUGAUCGUAAAAUCGUUCUUUCGGACCGUGACAUGGAAAUCAUUCGACGGAUGCAGGCUGGAGCGUUUGCCCACCCGGAAUUUGAGGCGUACCCGGAGUAUGUAGACGUCUGCUCCUCAAACAAAAUCAUCCAUUCGAUGGGCAACGACAUUGAGCCCAAAAGCCGUUUCUUGCCUUCAAAGUGGGAACGCAUGAAAGUGCUGAAGAUCAUGAAGGGUAUCAAGGAGGGCCGCAUCAAGCUUGACCAGAAGCCAGAGAAGAAGCCUGAGGUGUACCAGAUGUGGUUCGAUGACGACCAGUCGCAAACUCGGAAGGGGCCUGCACACGUUCAGGCACCAAAGAUGCCGCUUCCUGGACAUAUAGAGUCGUACAAUCCACCGGAUGAGUACUUGUUCAGUAAAGAAGAGCGUCACGCUUGGGAAACGGCCGAUCCGGAGGAGCGUGAAACGAAUUUCAUGCCAAAGAAGUUCAAGUCGCUCCGUGAAUUGUGCGGCUACAGUGGUUUUGUGCGCGACCGCUUUGAGCGGUGCUUGGAUCUGUACUUGGCACCUCGUGUGAACAAGCGCAAGCUUAACAUUGACCCCGAAUCGCUCGUGCCCGAGUUGCCAAAGCCUCAGGACCUUCGUCCUUUUCCGAAUACACUGGCUCUUGUCUUCAAUGGCCAUACCGGACGUAUUCGUUCGCUCGCGGUGGAUCCGUAUGGCCAGUAUGUUGCUUCAGGCUCUGAUGACUCGACUGUGCGUAUUUGGGAGCUGGAGACUGCUCGCUGUCUGCAGGUGUACAAUGUUGGUGCUGUGGUACACAAGCUGUCGUGGAACCCGAACAAGGACCACCAGUUGCUAGCUGUCGCGGCUGCCAAAAAGGUGUUCAUUAUUGCUACCGGAACGGGUAGCGCAGACCAAACAGAACUGACGAAUGUCCUCGUCGGCGACGCCGAUGAUAGCAUUCGUGUUGUUGAAGAGGCGAGUGAUGCAAUGGAUACUACAAGCGGUGACGUCCAGGUUGUGGACGAAACCGACGCCACCGUGGAGCCUGAUGCGCUGAAGAAGAAGGUGCCUGUAACUUGGCGGUUUUACAGCGGGACAAAUGAUAAGCACAAGUCGAGUGGCGCUUCCGGACGACCAUGGCUUGAACGUCGAGUGGGUACUGGCAUCCGUGUUGUGCUGCAUCACACGAGCGACGUGAAGGAUGUGGCUUGGCAUCACAAGGGUGACUACCUUUCCACAGUCUCUCCUGGUGCAGGAUCGGGUGCAGUACUGAUCCACCAGCUAUCAAAGCGUAAGACGCAGAACCCUUUCCAGAAGAGUUUGGGCCAAGUCCAGUGCAUUCUGUUCCACCCGUCCAAGCCGUUUUUCUUUCACGCUGCUCAGCGCCACGUCCGCGUUUAUAACUUGGUGAAGCAAUCUAUAGUGAAAAAGCUGUCGUCAGGUGUCAAGUGGAUCUCCAGUAUGGCCGUGCACCCGAACGGUGACCACCUCCUCGUCGGCAGUUACGAUCGACGGUUGUGCUGGUUCGACUUGGAUCUGUCCUCAAGGCCGUUCAAGACACUCAAGUAUCACGAGAAGGCUGUUCGUGAUGUAUCGUUCCACGCGAAGUACCCUCUCAUGGCUUCUGCAUCGGAUGAUGGCACCAUUCACAUCUUUCACGCCAUGGUAUACUCGGACUUGAUGAAGAAUCCGCUGAUCGUGCCACUCAAGAUUCUGCGCGGCCACGAGGUGUCCGGUGGCCUUGGUGUCAUGGCGCUGGCUUUCCAUCCUGUCCUGCCGUGGGUGGUGACGGGUGGCGCCGAUGGGACCAUCCGUCUCUUCCAGAAUCUUCACUAA